AUGACGGGCAAGUCAAACUCUUCUGGUCGACAUAAAGAAGAUGAAAGAUUGCAGUCUGAAACUGGUCAAGGCGGCAAACCGAUCGAAGCGCAGACGAAGCCUGACAUGACUCGUCUAGAUAUCCUGGCUCAGGUUGCCGAACUCGAAUACAGGAUGAAUUUUCCAGUCUCGAGAGAGCCUAAUCUCACCUUCAACAAGGAUAAGGAGUCACCAGUGGGUGUUGAGCAUUUUUCGAAAAGGAAGGCAGACAUGACAGGGCAUACCAAAGAGAUGACUGAGUCAAUGAAGAGAAGGCCUGGUAAAAGGAAAGCUAACACAGUGGUGGACACAACAGACGCAAAACAGGAGAUGAAGCGACCCAAACCCGCCGACCCGAGACUUCAGGUCCUUCGCUCUCUGAAGGCCUAUGCAAACGACACAAAUUCAAAGAACAUUGCGGCCCUACGGACUGUGCUGAAAUCAUCGUUUGGGUUUGACAUCAAGACACCAGUCCAUGUGAUAUUCGACAUGAUAAAAUACCUAGAUAUGGGCAAGCCAUUGAGGGACCAAUUGGACGCACCCUUCAAGUCUCCGAAAUGGGUAGGAUUUCUUGACGAAAUGAGAGUUGGCACAAAGAAGAAAGAGCUCGCUCACACAGAGCUUCCAGUGAGCCAGGGCGACGACGAGGCCACAGCAACUAACGUCAACCCUCGUGCGGUGCAUAACGAACUUCGUCAAACGGUCAAAGGUGUCGAUGAAAAGUCUACAGGGGCGGAGGCAUCGACAACAAACCAAAAGGACGCUACCAUCAAUAAAGGCACCGAAUCUAGAGAUGAACUUUGGGAGGCCAUGGGUAAGAUGCUUUAUGAUGGGUUAAGGUGGUGGGAGACUCACGGAGACCACCGCGAACCUCCUAUCAUUCAGUCAUUGGCAGAGUUGCUCGACUUAAUCUAUCUGCUCAGACCAUGA